CAUAUGACAUGCGAUCUCGUAUGUAAGAUCUUUUUCUUCACACAACCUUGACACACGACGGGCUGCCUUGCUGCGGCGUCUGUCUCUCUCUUUCUGCGCCGUCUACUUGGCUUCCCAAGAGACCUACGCGAGUGCGAGUGCGCGCAUAUCUCUGCUUGGCUCGUACCACACCCGCUGACAUGUCGUGCACAGGAACGACCGUGUACAAGAUGCAUAAAGCGCAACAUUGGCCACCUCUGCCACGAUGAGCCUCGCGAUGCCGAUUUCAAAAAGGCCAAGAGCUCUCACGCGCCAUCCGCUGUCGAUGAGUCCGAGACGACGCAAUCCGAGCUCACGAGAAGCUCCAUCGACCAAUCUGCGACGGGAUCCAUGGGCCCGCCGCCCCCUUUCGACCGCAAGACGUCUGCUUUUGGCGCCGCCGUAUUAGGCCAGGGGAACCCGCUGCACCUCGUGUCACCAGCAGCUGGCACCGGCAUGGCGGGAAACGGCAGCAACGUGAACCAAUUCGCUGGAUUCUCCGAUGCCUGGUUGACGGCUCAAAACCACUACCACGAUAUGCAAAGCUACCACCCCAACAACUACAUGAUCGCCCCCGAAGUCACGCACGAGUUCAACCUGCUGAAUGACUUUCUGCAGACGAGUUUGCUGGACGACGGCGGCAUUGUCUCCGACGAGUCACAAAACAGCCCUGCCUUUAGCAGGACCGCCGGCGCCAACGAUAUGCUGCCGACGUUUGGGAACCACAACGGUAAUAACCGGGCUGGUGCUAGUAAUGGCAUCAAUGCGCUUUCGCAAAUGCUACCUCCGCAGAACCUGGAGCAGGGCAAGGCGAUAUCACGGCCGGGCAGCAUCGUUCAGGGCGACAAAGACAAGGCGCGCGAAUACUACCUCCAGGCAGCUGACCCGUCCGGAAACGACACGCCCGAGGAGCGCAUGGACCGUGUAUUGAAGGCCAAGUACGAGGCCGGUCUGCUGAAACCUUUCAACUAUGUCAAAGGCUAUGCUCGACUGGGCACGUAUCUGGACGGGCACAUCGCGGCGUCGUCGAAGCAGAAGAUUCUCCGAACCAUCGAUCGAUUCCGACCCAAGUUUCGCGAGAAGGCCCAAGCUUUGACGGAUAUGGAGCUGCUAUACGUCGAAAUGUGGUUCGAGAAACAACUGAUGGAGUAUGACCGUGUGUUUGCCAGUAUGGCGGUGCCGGCAUGUUGUUGGAGGAGAACUGGAGAAAUCUUCAGAGGCAAUAAUGAGAUGGCGGAACUCCUUCAUGUUCCUGUCGAGAACCUGCGCGACGGCAAAAUUUCACUCCAUGAGAUUCUGACGGAAGAGUCUCUCGUGCGGUAUUGGGAAGAGUUUGGAACCAUCGCCUUCGAUCCCGCUCACGACACGCUACUUACAGCUUGCACACUCAAGAACCCAGACGACAAGGCGACAGACCCGGUAGUCCAUUGCUGCUUUUCAUUCAUGAUUCAACGAGAUAAUCACAAAAUUCCUACGCUCAUCGUAGGUAACUUUUUGCCCAAUGAUCUAGCCCGGCCGUAAUCAUUUGCAUUACAGGGGGGACCUCUUGGAAUACCUAGGUUUGGGCGGUUGGAAACACAAAAUCAAAGGGGCAGGCGUCAUUGGAUACCAAGGCAUUCUCCGGGUUGGUUGCAUUUUGAGACGUUCUUUUGCAUCGGCGAGAGGAAAGGGUCCGUCGCCAGUACAUACCAGGCACAUCUAGUAUAUCCUUAUUUUCUUGGUUCCAAGCCUCAGGUCAUC